GUUUAUUUCCGUACCCAAUGACGUAAAUAUCAUAGGUCUACUUUCGUUUCUAUUAAACGUCUACUUUGAACUGUAAGAGCAAUGGAUGAGGACAUACGAGCAGACAAAUCUAACGCAAUACCUCUGGAAGAUUUCCUAAGUGAUCGUUACGUACUCAGAAAAAAAUGCUUGGUAGUUUUCAUUUCACACCCAGCACCAAUGGGCUCAAGGCUUAAUGAGAAAAAGAUUAAAACCAUUGAGGAUGAAAGCUCGUAUCUAGAUGGAGAAGAUGUUGAUGUGGACAUAUUUGGGAUUCACAAUUUCAUCAACAAACUACCCCAAAGUAAACGACCUGGAAUGAAGCCUGACUUUAAAUUGAUGAGGAAUCAUAAACUUCAUGAAAUAGACGCAAAACUGCAGGAAUUGGAGACGAAGGGACACCAGUAUGGCUCCUUUAUAUUUGUCAUCCUCACAUACGUACAUACAGAGAGGGAUGAAAUUCAGGUGUAUGGGAGGGGAGUGCUGGUUGAUCAUUUUUUCGAUACGAUCAAGUCAUUUGAAUCCAUGGCAGGAAAACCCAAGCUUUUCCUGAUUCAAGCUGAUGACCUGCGGAUGCUGAAGCCAACAACGAUUAUUAAAGCUGGGGGAGUCGAGACCGGUGAAGAUAUGAGAAAGAUACCUACUGAUGCUGACAGAAUUAUACUGAUGUCAACAAUUCCACAGGAUUUUUCCAAUCUAGGUAAACAUGUAAAGAGAACAUAUGAUGGUGAAAUUAUGAACAAGUCUGAUGAUCCGAAAAAAGAAAAGAUGUCGCUACUUGUUCAGGCUUUCAUUGAUGUUCUCACUGAAAACCCAGACACAGAUUUUUUGUCGAACACACCCCUCAUAGUCGGAAAAGUAGAUUCACUUGCUGAGAGCUUGAAGGAAAAUAUGGAAUUGGAUGAUUACAAAGACUAUGACAUUCCUGUCCCUGUGGUAACUUCCACGCUGACAAAGAAACUGUUCUUAUCACAUUAGAUUGUUAAAAGACCAGCAUUGAAUUGAUGUUGCUGUUGAAUGGUUAUGACAUUGUUGAACUGGUAGCUUUAAAACGUACUAUGCAAAUCAAAUUAAAUGUUUAAUGGAUGACAUUGUGUCAUCUUGUUAAACAAUUUUGUCGAAAUGAUAAAUAUUUACAUAUUCCUUUCCAUUCUCCUUUGCCUUUUAUCGAGACUUAAGUAGGUAUAAUGAAACUGGCAAAGAAGUUAACUUUGGGAAAAAUAAUAAUUCAGAAGUAAAAUUAUAAGUCUUUCGAAAAAGAAAACAUUUCAAUGAUCAUUAUAUUAUAUUGCAUUUGUAACCCUCUGGAGUAUUCUAACAAUACGGUUCAAUGGGAUGACUGCUAAAAAUGGUACCACAAAUAUUAGGUAAAAUUGCCUAGGUUAUGUAAUGUUUGGCAUGAUAAUCCCCUGCUGUGCAUCUUCUGCUAAUUGCACUGGUUUCACAGUAGGGGCCAAUUUCCUGUGUAUUUGUUUAUUGGUUCAGGGCCAUGUAGGGUCCAUUUUCUAUAAUAAAACCUCCACAAAUGCGCAGCAGGAUACUCAGAUCAGAGAUCUGAUAAGAGGGUUCAAGGCAAUUAGAUCAAAGAUCAAUACACAGAGGUUGUGUACUGUACACAGAUUUGGGGGGAGGGGAUCACUUAAAGAAGGCCUAAACUAGACCUUUAAUAUGCCUUCUGGCGUUUCACUAGUAAAUGCUGAGUAUCAUUGUGGUCUUCGUUAAAGUGACACUCUUAUUCAAAAACAAUACAUACACAUGUAAAACAAACAUAAAUUUUUAGUGAUACACUGCAACUAACUUACUAAAUAAUGCAUGUAUGGAAAAUAUUAAUUACUAUUAACAAUAUUAUAGCCGUGUAUUUCAUAGCUGAAGACGCAAAAUUAUUAAUUGAUAAGUGAAUGCUUAAAGAUUUACUGCUAUAUACUAUGGCCUCAUAAGGAAGAAAUACCGUAUGUUCUGCAUCUUUCUUUUAAAUUAAACUUGGCAUCCUUCAUAAGCAUCAUUGUUAACGACAUUCGUUCAUCCUUUUCGGUUUGUUAAAACAAUUUUAUUAAAUGUGUUCAAUCUUAUUUGUGCAUCUUUAACAAAUUUCACAGAAAUGGUAUGAAUCAAAUAUGGUAUGAUUAGAUAUGAACUGAGAUAUGCUACUAAUUAUUUCUGAUAUUAUUUCUGUUAUUUCAACAGUACUUACAAUCCCUGAGUUCAUACCAACAAAUUUGGUAAUUUCGCCAUUUUAUGCCUUUGUAUAAGCUCGACUAUUCGAAGAAUAUGGAGAGCUAUACUACUCACCCAAGACUCGGCCUUGGUGUCACACCUUGGUUAAGGUUUUGCAUGCAAGCACACAUAGGUUAAAAUCUCAGCAACUACUUGAGGUAUUGCAUUGAGACUUUAUACAAUGGUUCUCAACCAUUAAACCUACCUAAUUAACCAAGUUAGAAAACUCUAGUUUGCAUUUAAUGCAAAUAAUAGGCCUUUAUUAUUCGACUUAGAAAUUCUUGUUAAGGUUUUGCGUGCAAGUACACAUAAGUUAAUAUCUCAGCAACUACUUGAGGUAUUGCAUUGAGACUUGAUACAAUGGUACUCAACCAUCCAACCUACUUUAUUAACCAAGUUAGAUAACUCUAGUUUGCAUUUAAUGCAAAUAAUUGCCCUUUAUUAUUCAACUUAGAAAUUCUGGUUAAGGUUUUGCGUGCAAGCACACAUAGGUUAAUAUCUCAGCAACUACUUGAGGUAUUGCAUUGAGACUUGAUACAAUGGUACUCAACUAUCCAUCCUACUUAAUUAACCAAGUUAAAAAAUUCUAGUUUGCAUUUAAUGCAAAAAAUGGGCCUUUAUUAUUUGACUUUGAAAUUCUGGUUAAGGUUUUGCGUUACAAGCACACAUAGAUUAAUAUCUCAGCAACUACUUGAGGUAUUGCAUUGAGACUUGAUACAAUGGUACUCAUCCAUCCAACCUACUUAAUUAACCAAGUAAAAUAACUCUAAUUUGCAUUUUAUGCAAAUAAUUGCCCUUUAUUUUUCGACUUAGAAAUUCUGGUUAAGGUUUUGCAUGCAAGCACACAUAGGUUAAUAUCUCAGUAACUACUUGAGGUAUUGCAUUGAGACUGUAUACAAUGGUACUCAGCCAUCCAACCUACAUAAUUAAACAUUUUAGAAAACUCAAGUUUGCAUUUAAUGCAAAAAAUAGGCCUUUAUUAUUCGCUUUGAAAUUCUGGUUAAGGUUUUGCGUGCAAGUACACAUAGAUUAAUAUCUCAGCAACUACUUGAUACAAUGGUACUCAACCAUCCAACCUACUUAAUUAACCAAGUUAGAUAACUCUAGUUUGCAUUUAAUGCAAAUAAUGACCCCAUUUAUUCGACUUAGAAAUUCUGGUAAUGGUUUUGCAUGUAAGCACACAUAGGUUAAUAUCUCAGCAACUACUUGAGGUAUUGCAUUGAGACUUGAUACAAUGGUACUCAACCAUCCAACCUACUUUAUUAACCAAGUUAGAUAACUCUAGUUUGCAUUUAAUGCAAAUAAUUGCCCUUUAUUAUUCAACUUAGAAAUUCUGGUUAAGGUUUUGCGUGCAAGCACACAUAGGUUAAUAUCUCAGCAACUACUUGAGGUAUUGCAUUGAGACUUGAUACAAUGGUACUCAACUAUCCAUCCUACUUAAUUAACCAAGUUAAAAAAUUCUAGUUUGCAUUUAAUGCAAAAAAUGGGCCUUUAUUAUUUGACUUUGAAAUUCUGGUUAAGGUUUUGCGUUACAAGCACACAUAGAUUAAUUUCUCAGCAACUACUUGAGGUAUUGCAUUGAGACUUGAUACAAUGGUACUCAUCCAUCCAACCUACUUAAUUAACUAAGUAAAAUAACUCUAAUUUGCAUUUUAUGCAAAUAAUUGCCCUUUAUUUUUCGACUUAGAAAUUCUGGUUAAGGUUUUGCAUGCAAGCACACAUAGGUUAAUAUCUCAGUAACUACUUGAGGUAUUGCAUUGAGACUGUAUACAAUGGUACUCAGCCAUCCAACCUACAUAAUUAAACAUUUUAGAAAACUCAAGUUUGCAUUUAAUGCAAAAAAUAGGCCUUUAUUAUUCGCUUUGAAAUUCUGGUUAAGGUUUUGCGUGCAAGUACACAUAGAUUAAUAUCUCAGCAACUACUUGAUACAAUGGUACUCAACCAUCCAACCUACUUAAUUAACCAAGUUAGAUAUCUCUAGUUUGCAUUAAAUCCAAAUAAUUGCCCCUUUUUGACAUAGAAAUUCUGGUUAAGGUUUUGCAUGUAACCACUUUUAAGUCAAUACCUCAGCUUGCAUUGAAAAUUUACACACAGGCUCCCAACCAUUUAACCUUCUUCUUUAAUCAAGUAAGAUAACUCUAUCUUUCAUAUUAUAUAAAUUUUGCUCUUUUAUUAUGAGACUUAGAAAUGGUUACGGUCUGGCAUGUUAGCACACGUAGGAUAAUAUCACAGCAACGACUAGAUGUAUUGCUUUUAGACAUUAUACAAUGGUAUUCAACCACCCAACGUAAUUGAAUAACCAAGUUAAAUAACUGUAUUUUGCAAAUAAUAGCUCUUUAUUAUUAGACUUAAAAAAUCUGGUUAAGAUUUUCCAUGUAACCACAUUUAUAUUAAUAUCUCAGCACUUCAUGUAUUGCAUUGAUAUCUAACAGUGAUCCAUGCAUGUUUCGCCAAAACUUUUCAAUCCUUACAUUAAAAAGCGGCGGAAUAGUUGAGCAUGCUGUCUCUGUGAUAGCUCUUGUUAUCUAAUGAUGUUUAAUUUUUCAUGAAUUAUAUUUUUCAGUGUUUUGCAAUUUCAUUUUAUUCCUUAUGUAAUCAGGUUUAAAAUAUCAUGUUAAUGAUUUCCUUUAUGAUUCAUCUUCAUUUUGUAGGAUGACUUUUAUGUAUCUGCAAUUUUGUAAAUAAUUGAAUUACAUAUUUAACUAUUUUUAUACCAGGUGUAGAAAAUAUUUGGAAUACAUAUCUGUUCAAAUAAUCUUAUUAAUAAAAUUGUUCUUGUUAUGAUGUACAACUUGUGUCUUGAUAUAGUGACAUAGACUUUGAUAUGAACUGUUUAUAAUUGGUCAAUACAGUUAUUUUAUACCUGCUUGUGUCUCAAUGUUGAAUUUAAAGGGGCUGUACCCUGUAUGAUGAAAUAGCGAAAAAAGGAAAAAGAAAAUUGUCAGAAACUUGGUAUCGAUGAGUACAAUGCAUUGAAACCUACUAACUGAAGUACCACAUAGUUUACAAUUAAUUUGAUUUUCGAUUUUCUUUUCAUAUUUUUCCAUUGGAAAAGAUUACUAGGUAUGUCUACCUUAUGUUAGGUAUACAGCUUAAAUAUUCCAAACGUUUAGGGUAAGCCUUCAUUGCACAGUGGAUACAACACUGGAUUGCAAUUUCGGUUCGCACCCGGUCUAUGACUAGAUGUUUUUUUUACAUUUUGGUAUUUUUUUUACAAUUAUGAUACCAAAGAGUAAAACAUUUUAUUAAAUAAUUGUCCUGAGAUUCGUUACAGAAAAAAAACUUUUUUGGUGCCAAUCCCGUGUAGAGUCCCUUAUAAAUUAAAAAAAAAUCUUAAUAAACGUCUACAUUUCUUAAUUAUUUUCUAAUUAUUUUCGUCAUUAUGUUUUUUUAUUUGUUAUGAAUGACUCUUAUAAAUUGAAUCCAAAGUUUAAUUAAUUGAUGACAGUUGACCCAACACAAUAGGCCGAUAAAAAACAUUUUCCAUUUAUGUCUUUAUUGUGUCAAAUAGCAUCUGUCAUGUCAAGAAAGAUUGUUAAUUCGGUUAGUGAUGAAGUACAUAUUGAAUUACA